UCCCCAGAGUAGAGGGGCCAGAGGAGUAAAGCUAGUCAUUCAGAUUGGAACCUAUCAGAUCCUCAUUUGUUCUUGAAGGAGUAUUUCAACAGAUCGUUUCGUGUUGCGUUAUACUACAGACGGGACCAUGAUGAUCCCAAGCAUCCUUGCGCCUAAUGCGAUGUACCCAGGCCUUUACCGCCCCUCCGCCUCCUUGCCGGUACACCAGUCCCUGCAGAACGCAUUUCCAACCCAUUCCAGCUUCCUAGUGGAGGACCUGCUGCGGAUAAGCAGGCCGCCGGGGUACCACCUCAGACGGACGCUCCCCUCAGCAAGCGUCUCCCCGGCGACAACCACCACCACCAUGUCCUUCAGUGCCAUGCCACUGGAGCGCAUCGUCUCUCCAACUGUCUUGAGGCGCGAAUCAUGCGCGCCGAAAACGUCACAACCGAGCAGUAAAGAUCCAACGUAUCUUAAGUUUGGAGUCAGCGCAAUCCUUGCACCAUCACCAAAGACCGCAUCGUUGCCCCCCGCCAUCCACCACAGUAUGCACCCCAAGGCCUUCUCUCUCCCCUACUUCGACGGAUCCUUCCACCCCGCCUUCUUCAGGUCUGCAUAUUUCCCAGCCUCUUCAUCGGUCGUGCCCAUCCCCGGGACCUUCUCUUGGCCACUGGCCAACAGAGGGAAGCCGAGGAGAGGGAUGCUCAGACGCGCGGUGUUCUCUGACGUGCAGCGCAAAGCUCUGGAGAAAAUGUUCCAGAAACAGAAAUACAUCAGCAAACCAGACAGGAAGAAGCUGGCCUCAAAGCUCGGCCUCAAAGACUCACAGGUUAAAAUCUGGUUCCAGAACCGCAGAAUGAAGUGGAGGAACUCCAAAGAGAGGGAGCUCCUGUCGUCAGGAGGUUGUCGAGAGCAGACCCUGCCCACUAAAACGAACCCACACCCAGAUCUCAGCGACGUCGGCAAGAAGUCCUCCGCGGAGGAAGAGGAGGACGAGAUGGAAGAGGACCCAUUCGGUGCUAGAGGCGCGCCUGGCCUUUGCCAUUCCCCCGCGGCGGGGCGCGAGUUGUCUAACAGCGCCGGAUCGAACCUCUCGUCGCCAUCUCUCUCCAGCAAGCACUCGGAGUUCUCAGAAUCGGAUGAAGAAGAAAUCACAGUUUCAUAAUUUAUUUGCUUAUAAAAUGGUUAUCCACAUAUUAACUGUACCUGUGUGACCAGGUUUGCCAGAGGCUGUAUCCCUUAAUUUUAGACCCAACGAAGAUUAUUUUUUUCAUGUUCCACCAACUUUUAAAACAACGAACUUCUGUCCAAACAAUUUAAGCUAUAUCCAUGAUUAUUUCUUUUAAAAAUAACUGCAGGGUUUAUUUUAUAGGAAGGGCCGGCUCUUGCCUUUGACAGGAGUUUUAAAGUCAAUUUCCUUAAAUUCUACACAUUUUGCCAUGUGGCAUAUGGAAAAUGAGGCUGUUUUAAAGCAAGUUUUCAGCAGUUCUAUAUAUUUUGCCAUGGGGUGGAAAGAAAAGGUUGCAAUUUUAUUAUACAUUUCAUGCAAUUCUACUAAUUUUGCCAUGGGGCUGAGAAACAUUUUUUGCCGUUUUAAAGCAAGUUUUCUGCAGUUCUACACAUUUUGCCAUGGUGCAGAGAGAAACUGUUGAAAUGUUAUGUCAUUCAGUUCCAUUCAUUUUGCCAUGACAUGUCAUGUUAAUGCUAUCAGAGUGAGAGUGACUAACAAAAUUAAUGGGGCCCUGGGCCCGGUCGGUAUUCGGCCAUGAUUUUCUACAAGUUUUGAUUAACUGCCUAGACUAGACUAACUUACCGAUCUAAAAAAGAGCUGCUGAUGCACAACCAAAUUUCAAACUUGCACCUUGUGUAUUCUACUAUUCUAACUCUCAACAGUAAGUUGAGAACCUGACUGAGUUUUAAAAAAAAUAUGGGGGGGCCCUAGUGGCCGGGGGCCCUAAGCGACCACUUAUAUCGCUUAUUCCUGGAGCUGUCCCUGUUUAUAGGAUAUACUUAGAAAUGAUUUGCUGUUUUGCACAGCUCUUUCAAUUGUACAGUAUUUUGUACAACUAUUUGUAUGGACAUUUUAUGCCAAGAAACUUGAGUUACCUGGACUACUUAGAGUUUUUAUUGAAAAGUGUAGAAAUUUUGUGCAUAAUUUAUACGAUUUUGUUAAUUCAAUGUAUUGUGUGUGUAUAUAUAUGUGUUAAUAUUUCACCAUGUUUUAUUUCAAUGUAUUGUGUGUAUAUUUCACGAUGUUUUGUACAAAUACCAAAUAAAAUGUAACAGUUACAUGGUAUAUCUUCUAUUACAAAGUGGAAAUUGACAACAAAAAAAAAAACAUUAAAUA